AUGGAGCGGCUGGGAUUGGAACAACUGUCAGAUUUCGGGGACUAUACCGGCGCUAAGGAGCUGUCUGAGACCUUUAAACUGACCAACGUCCGUCUGAGCCCCGAUGGUCGACACAUCCAUGUCAUCCUCCGCAAACCGAAGGUGGGUCUUGUGACUUUUGACAAAUAUGAACGACUCCAUCUGACCCAGAACCCCAAAAAACUGGAUUUGCGUUCACCCAGACCUGUUCCCAUCGUGGAUAUCUUAUACUUGGACCAUAACAAGAAUAACAGGGACGCAGCUGUGGUUGCAGUGAUUUUCGAGGAUGGGAAAGCCGAGUUUUGGAGAUUUCAGGAGAGCAAAGGAGGCUGGCAUCUCCUGCAAACAUCAGAUUUGUGUAACAGCCCCAGAGCCGUGGUGGUGUCCGUGUGCGCCUGUCCUAAUCUUCUCGUCUGGUGUGAGGAGAGGCCGCCCUCAGAGAGCUCCCCUGCCCUCAGCUCCACCAGGAACAAACUGAGGUACUGUGUCUGCAGACGGGACUUUGAGGUGGAGGAAGGGGGUGUCAGCUUAGGUGGGGUUAAAAUCGCCCUCCAUAAUAACCCUAAAUUCAACGUGGUCAGCUCAGGUGAAUGUGUGCACCUCCUGCCUGACCUGAAAGUGAAGCCUCUGUUGAGCAUCUCCAAGUUCUUCCUCACCUGGUCUCCUCAUCAUGACUCCUUCACGGUCAGCACCACCUGUAAAAACACCCCUCUCAAGAAGCUGUCGGCAAAAGAGUCGGAUUUUAAGAGACUGGUGCCGGACUGUUUGGGGUAUUUAUCGACGCUCGACCCUCCUGAGAUCUACAACUUCUCACCGACAGGAUGUGGAGGUUUGCUGCUUCUGCUCAGCACAGGCUGGGUGUGUUUUCUGCAAAAAGACGGGGUGCUACGGCAGAUUUUUAAACUGGCAGAUAACUGUUUGGUAAAAUUUGGGACUCACACUAGUCUCUGCAUGUAUCAGGACACUCUGGCUCUGCUGAUAGAGCAAAAUCUGCAUCUAAUAGAUGUGAACUGUGGCAGGGAACUGGACAAGCUCACGCUAAAGAGAGAGGGGGUGUUAUACUUAAACCGUGCUGAAAAGUGGACACCUCACCUGCUCUCAGAAACUGGACUUUUUAUGGUUUUAAACAAGGAGCCUGACUCUAACAAGACGAAGCCUCGUGGUUUCAGUGCAGUGGAAAGUACUGAUCCUGGAGCUCUCUUAGUGGAAGCUGUCUUCGAGGAGGCAUGUAAAUACUACCAGCAGAGGAGCCUGAGCAGCACACAGCUCACUGUGGAUGCUCUGAAGAGAGGAGGGAGGUUCCAGGCUCCCAUCUCUUUAGCCUCCAUCGUCAGGAGCUACCUCCUGAGGCAGAAAGGAGCAGAGCUGUCCCAGAACGGAGAUGGACGUGCAGCAGGGCAAGACAAGUUAAUGGUUUCGCUCGAGGCUGAGCUCAAGUGUCUGGUCACUCUGGAGGAGGUGAAGGGCAAUUUAGUGAGGGGGAGUGUGAAAGAGGUGGAGGCUGUGUGUGAGACACUGGUGGAGAAAGAAAUAGCGAGACUGUUGUCCUCCUCAGAGCUGGAUUAUGAGGCUCUGCUCUACCUCAACUCCAUCUUCAGCACCUUCCCCUGCCAGGGGUGGAGGGCGGCGCAGGCUGCCCUACAGCUGCACUACAACGGAGAGCGUUCUCUGUCCAGCAGGGCUUCACCAGACGUGUGGAAAACUGUCCUCAGUCCUGCUGCGACACCCAGCACUGCAGUGUCUGCCUCAUUCACAAAUGGCAGACCCAAACACAACCACAGCCUCAAAAGUGAUCACAUUGCCAACUGUAAGGCCAAACCCACAAGUUCCUCUCUCCCAGCGGCCCUGCCGGUGUUCGAGCUCCUCUGCCACUCGCUUUUCCACUUCCAGCCCAGCUGGUUGCCCACCUUCCUGGAGCUCGCCCAGCAGAAGCAGGGCUCCACCGGCCUGGGCCUGAGCCUGGCCUCUCCCUCCUGGGGUUUCUCUGGUGCAAGAGUAGGAGAGGGUGGGGAGAACAAUGUUCCGCUCUAUAAACGAGCUCUGUGCGUCCUGUCCAGCCUGAGCAUGGACCGAACUCAGCAGCAGGACCUGGAGGUGGAGCUGCUGCUGGUCAGCGGGCGGCCCAACGCCAUCCUGCAGGCUCUGAGGAUCCUCAUGGCCAUGCAGCAGUGGGAGAAGGUCACCCAUGUGGCUCAGAAGUUCUGCAAGCAGAGCCCACUCCUCAACAAGGAGAUUUUCACCACUCUGCUGUGCGAGGUGGCCCAGCAUCGAGACCUGGACCCUUACCUGGACUUGCUGUGGGUGCUGUGCCCAGAAGACCUCACCGUCACAACUAUUCUCAACUUGGUGCUGAAAAACCUACCUUCUCCAAACAGCCCUCCUUCAUCCUCCUCUUCCUCUUUUUCCAUGUCUAUCACACCCCCCUCUCCCCCUGCUCCCUUCGCAGAGCCACAGAACAGUCAGCUGACUAUCGGGCUGCUGAAACCCCUGCUGAGAAAAGUCCUCCAGAGGGAGACCAAAGCGAGCCAGCGCUACGCCGACAUCCUCCAGUCACCAUCCUUCCCACCUCCUGCGCCUCCUCGCCAACCUGCAGAGCAGCAAAGCUCUGUCCCGGACUCCUGCAUAAACUCUGCUCUCGAAAGCGAUACUGACCACGAUUUCCUCGUAGACACAUCCGAAGAGCAGUCGCCCUCGCACGUGACUGUCCCGAGAGCCAGGAUGGCGCUACCUGCUAACCCUGUCUGA